AGCGAAAUAUCGGUCUAAAUCAGUAUGAAUAUACAGUCACUGGCCACCAAGUCAGUCUUUGAAUUCUUACCACUAACGUGGACUCAGGCAAUAUAAAUAUACGCACAGUACACACGGCUAAACCGCUGUCCCGCUUUUUACCUCUAGGGGGCAGUAAUGGUUUGGGAAGAGUUGGAUCUCAUGGAUGCGUUUCAUUUGGCUAAUCGUCUGCCAAUCAGGGAAGUACUAAUCCAAUAAGAUCAGGUGUGGGCACAUGUCUCCGCGUUGGACCUUUAAAGUUCCUGACGCCGAGAUUAACUUCACAACAAAGCAGCGCGAAGUUGCGCGCGGAAGUAUCCGAAAUUCUCGCGGAAUUUUCGGCGAACGACACACUUCUCUUUCUGAGGUGUUUUUAAUAAACCGGGCAUAGAUAAAAACCUUGGAUGGUACGUUGUCUUUAAAAUAGGACAAAAUCGAGUGAAUGGCCCGGCCGCCCUAAUUGAAAGGGGCGAAGGCGGAGAGGCGCAGACCGCUAGCGGAACAGACACCCACGCCAGCCGGCCCGGCGAAAGGGACCUUACUCGCGGAGGAAUGGCACACAGCCUCCUGGGCUUCCAGUCCAGGUCCCCGCUGUUCAGAACGCUGUCCCGGUCGUCCAGCGGAUACUUUUCGUUCGACUUCGAUUCUGUUCCGAGUUCUCCUCGUAUGACCGAUAACAAGGCGACGCAGACACCGAGUCCGUCGAGCCAAGCCAUUUCCCACGCUCAGCGGCGAAUAUCCGACGUGACCCAAAACCCGCAGCAUUAUGAGAUGCCCCAGGCCCCUCCCCGUCCGUUUAGAGCGCGGUCACUGUCACUUCCCAUGGACAUACGGCCUGAGGUGUGGGUCGCCCAGGAACUGCGCCGCAUCGGAGAUGAGCUGAACCACCUGUACCUGCACAGGGGGGACCGGAACGGCCGAGCCCGGCAGCUGGAUGUGGGGCGGCGCCAGAACCGACCGGCCUUCCUCGUCCGGAUCGGCCUCCGGGUAUGGAGGUGGAUCGGCCGCCUGUGGAUCCUCCUGAGACCGAGAUGAUCGCCGGGGAGAUGGAGAGAUGGAGAGAUGGAGAGAUGGGGAGAUGGGGAGAUGGGGAGAUGGACUGAGAGACUGAGAGAAGGAGAGAGAGACUGAUGGAUAUUCUCCACCCAGCAGUCGAGUAGCAGCCCGACAUUCUUGACACUGUACAUAGGUGAAUACUCACCCUCAGCUUUUUUUAAGAAGUAUUUUUUACAACCUUUUCCAUCCUGAGCCUGGAUCUGAAUAACCGCUUUCCUUUCCUGAAGAAAACCUGGUUACUGGCGCGUCACACCACUCCAGUGGGACUUGGGUGAAAGUUGGAAUCAUACCUCAUACUGUUUCCCUGCUAAACAUGGAGAGCUGAGCCUACGGCAAAACACCAAACAGACCGAGCGGAGCUUGCAUUCCCCACCACGCCCUUCCCACAUCAUGUUCAUUUCCUGGGACUAUUUAUUUCUUUUUUUAUUUCUUUUUUUGUUUGUUUGUUUUAUGUGCGUACUCCUAAAUGUGUGUGUGUUUUAAAAUGAGUUUUAUUUGAAGUGGUCAAUCAGUUCACAGCAGUCACCGCUUUCCUCUUCCUCACACUGACCUGCUCUUCCUCACGCUCACUUCCUCUUCCUCACACUGACCUGCUCUUCCUCACGCUCACUUCCUCUUCCUCACACUGACCUGCUCUUCCUCACACUGACCUGCUCUUCCUCACACUGACCUGCUCUUCCUCACGCUCACUUCCUCUUCCUCACACUGACCUGCUCUUCCCCUCAGUCCGUCGUUUCGCACGUCUCUCACGGCGUGCAGCACGCAGGCUCCUCCCACAGCCAGCCACACAUCGCCAUUUGCACAGAAAUUAUAGAAAUCCAAACAUUUCAUCUGCAAGAUGAUUCUCCAAAAGCGAUUGUCCCAUUUCAACCGGAUGGUGCAGUGAAAGCGAAGGCUGGUAGCAGGUUACCUCGACAACACUCCCCGAUGACGUAACCCUCAAAUUCAAAAAGAACGUUGUUGCGCUUGGCUAGAGGCGAGUUCGUCUUUAGCUGACUGGUAACGCGUUCGUUCAACAAAUAAUUUGGACAAGUGAGAGGCCGGGGUUCAAAUCCCACCUCGGACUCAGGCAAAUUUCUCACCUGUUACACCAGCAGUCUACCUCUUACACACAUAUUACACAUUACAUAUCACAUAUUAUUCCUCUGUCUCUGUGGUUUGAUCCUGCAGUAUUGGGCCUACAGCUGAAUUCAGUCACAUUGAGAGUCCGAGCGCUGCUGCUUCCUGUGUAGUCGAGCGACCGUGUCAUAGUCGGUAUUUGAGGGAGUGCCAUUCGGCACCUGUAAGCCUUUUUUUUGUGGUCCAGAGAAGGAUUUUAAAUCAGUGUUAAACAAGAGUUCUGCUGUUGAUGAUGGUGAUGUUGAUAAUGAUGAUAUGAUUAUGAUGAUAGGAAAUGGUUUAUCAAAGUUGUUUGGCAUGAAAUGCAAUUCCUGGGAGUCCCAUCAUCAGUCCCACGAGAGUGGUUUCUAGAUUCCAGACCAUUUAAAAUUUAUGUUUAUACACGUCCCAGCAUAACUGCACCAGGAAACAAAAACUAGCAAAACAUAGGAUUGAACUGAGUGGAGGUUUUGUUUGUCAUUUUGCGAACACAGAGAGGUGUUUUCCCGAAUAUUAUGAAAUGUGGUCACAAUGAGUUUGAUUGUCUGGAAAAUUGUGCUUUAACGUUAAUGGGUUAGUUUGGGUCUAUGUUGUUGAGAGAUGUUUUAGCGCUUAUCCAAAAUUAUUCAAAUGACCUCUCGCCAUUUGCAGAAUUGACUCCAUGUGACCAAUUAGCUAUUAACGAGAAUACAUUGUGCCAGUUCAGACUAUAGAUGGAAGAUAUUAAUUCAUUUUAGGGAGAAGACAGUCAUAACGAAAAACGUUGUGCGUUGAUUAAGACGAUACAUUUUCAUAUUCCUCCUUCAUAUUCCUCAAGCCAGGUAAAUUUCAGGAAAAUUUUCAUUUAAAUGUAAACUUGGACACUAUGAUCUGUGAUUGAUUAGCCUUCCCUUGCAGUGACCACUGACUUUAGCAGAAGUGAAUUCAGCGCACACACACACACACACACACACACUCACACACACUCACACACACUCAC